AUCGUUGGACCGUCCCUUGCAUGGGGACUUGCGCGAGCAUAAUUUCCAAGGCGGAGACCUGACGGUCCUGCGGUCCCCAUCACAACGGAGGGGCCUCCACAGUUCCGCAAGGCUAUAUACUCAGCAGCCUUGCUGAGUAUAUAGCACGAGGGCCGUCAUUUAUCUCUCAUCAGCAGUUCGGCUUCCCGAUCUGUCUGCUCCUUGACACUUCGCUGUGCAUUUUCCGUUAAGAAUUGUUAGCUUCUUGCAAACAGUUCCUCCUCUCACUUGUACACUGCGGAGUUUCGUUCUUCAAAACUCUACUAAGAGUCCGAGAUUUCAAUCUGAGCGAGACUCCGAAGGAAUCAUUGAGCACGUCUGCCGAUCUUCAAAAGAAGUUUGUGCUUGUGAUCGACCGACCUUUCGAGAUGAUGAACGAAUUCUUCUCGUCGAAUUUUCAGCAGAUGAAAAUGUCUGAUGAGAAGACUGGAGAUUCCAUGCAGUAUUGUUUGGACCCUACUGCCCAGAUCGCUCCACGAACAGAAGAUCCCCUGAAUUGGGCAAAGGCCGCCCGGGCCAUGGAUUGCAGUCACUGGGAGGAGGUCUUCGACCUGGUGCAGGAAUUUCAGAACGAGAAGGAGGUGGUCAUUCAGGGCGUGACGCUCACAGUGGCCCAGGUUGCAGCUGUUGCCAGGCGUCCUGACGUCACUGUGGUCCUCGACGCAGCUGCAGUCAAGGACCGCGUUGACGAGAGCUCGGAAUGGGUGCUCCACCACAUGAGGAAGGGCACUGACACUUACGGUGUCACUACAGGCUUCGGUGCCACCUCCCACCGCCGCACUGAUCAGGGGGUCGACUUACAGAGAGAGUUGAUUCGUUUUCUCAACGCUGGAGUUCUCGGCAAAGAUGCUUCCAACAUCCUUCCGGCCUCCACGACCCGAGCAGCAAUGCUGGUGAGAACCAACACUCUGCUGCAAGGGUAUUCCGGAAUUCGGUGGUCCAUCCUCCAAACUCUGCAGAAAUUUCUCAACAAGCAGAUCACCCCUCAACUUCCUCUUCGGGGCACCAUCACAGCUUCAGGAGAUCUCGUUCCACUUUCCUACAUUGCAGGUCUGCUUACCGGCCGCCCCAACUCCAAAGCCGUCACAGAAUGCGGAGAUGUUGUGACUGCGCACGAAGCUUUGAAGCUCGUCGGAUUGCUGAAGCCAUUCGAGCUGCAGCCCAAAGAGGGACUCGCACUUGUGAAUGGUACAGCAGUCGGCUCAGCCUUGGCUUCCAUAUGUUGCUACGAUGCCAACGUGCUCGCGCUCUUCGCCGAAGUGUCGUCGGCUCUGUUCUGUGAGGUGAUGCAGGGCAAGCCCGAGUUCACCGACCACCUCACCCACAAGCUCAAGCAUCACCCCGGACAGAUUGAAGCCGCUGCCAUCAUGGAGCAUGUGCUAGAGGGCAGCUCCUACAUGAAGGCCGCAGCCAAGCUCCACGAAACGGACCCGCUCCAGAAACCCAAGCAGGACAGGUACGCUCUGAGGACGUCUCCCCAGUGGCUGGGCCCCCAAAUCGAGGUGAUCCGUGCAGCCACACACUCCAUCGAGAGGGAGAUCAACUCUGUCAACGACAACCCGCUCAUCGAUGUGUCCCGAGACAUGGCAGUGCACGGUGGAAACUUCCAGGGCACUCCCAUCGGAGUGUCCAUGGACAACAUGCGACUGGCCAUUGCAGCCAUGGGCAAGCUCAUGUUCGCUCAGAUGUCGGAGCUCGUCAACGACUUCUAUAACGGCGGGCUUCCAUCGAAUCUGACGGGAGGUCCCAACCCGAGCUUGGACUAUGGAUUCAAAGGAGCGGAGAUAGCCAUGGCAUCGUACACCUCGGAGCUCUUGUACUUGGCCAACCCAGUGACCACCCACGUGCAGAGUGCAGAGCAACACAACCAGGACGUGAACUCUUUGGGUCUCAUCUCAGCUCGUAAAACAGAGGAAGCUAUCGAGAUCUUCAAGCUCAUGUGCUCCACCUAUUUGGUGGCGUUGUGCCAGGCUGUGGAUCUGCGGCACCUGGAGGAGAACAUGCAAGUGAGUGUCCAGAAUGUUGUCUCUCAAGCGGCGAAGAAGACUCUCUUCACCGAUGCCCAAGGCUGCCUACUGCCAUCGCGGUUCUGUGAGAAGGAUCUCCUCAAAGUGGUUGACAACCAGCCUCCAUUCUCCUACAUCGACGAUGCAACCAGCGCAUCCUACCCUCUGAUGCAGAAGCUGAGGCAGUGCCUCGUGAGCCAUGCUCUCAGUUCCGAGAAUGAAGAGGAGAGAUGCAGUGUUUUCAGAAGAAUCUCAGUCUUCGAGGAGCAGGUCAAGACUGAUCUCGAAGCCACGGUGGCCAAAGUCAGAGAGCAGUUCGACAAUGGCGUCGCUGCCGUACCUAACAGAAUCAGCGACUGCAGAAGCUAUCCGCUCUACGACUUUGUAAGAUCUCUGGGUACCAAAUUACUCGUGGGCACGGAGACGAGGUCGCCAGGACAGGAUAUCGAGCUUGUGUAUGAAGCCAUCUCGCAAGGCAAGAUGGCUUCGCCCCUGAUUCAAUGUUUGGCAGGCUGGAAUGGAUGUCCCAAAUCAAUCAAGCCUUGCAAAAUUGUAGUUUAAUAAGAAUCCGUUGUGCCCUGCGAUGAUUUAGGCGAAAGAAGCGGAUGUAGCUCCAGUGUACAUAUAGCCCGUAGAGAUCUGAAAUGUGAGCAACUUCAGCUCAUUGUUGUAACAUUAUAACAAUUUGAUGAUGAAUUUGAAUAAUGAAAGGAUUGGUUUCGAGUCAUCUUCCUC